GAUAAAAACAAUGUUGUUUUCGAAGUGGCCUAAAUUGGAUGUUUAAAAUAAGUGCAAAUUAACACAAAUUGCCUUAUGUAGACCACUUGUGGUCAACAGCAAGGUACUGCUAAUAGCCUAACUUAAUGCAAUUGCGAAAAGAAGAUCUUCAUAAAAAGGGUCAAAAAACUUCAGCAGCAUUUAAAGAGUUAUGCAUCUUUGGAGGGUAUUAGUCAUGCCGUUGCUGGCACUUUUUGUUCCAGUGUGCUCAAAAGAUGUUCAGAUUAUCACAUAUUGGGGCCAGAAUUCAGCCUAUGGAGCGGAUAGCCGUGAAGAGCGAGAUCUCGUCGACAUAUGCCGUGAAGAUUCCCCGUAUGAUAUUGUAAACAUUGGUUUCGUAAACAAGUUCUUCGAUCCCAUGAAUACAAAUGAAAUGCCUGGUAUGGACUUUGCUGGCCACUGUAAUACACCUAUUGACGAAAAUCACAAGACAAUCUACAGCUGUCCUGUAAUUGAAAGAGGGAUUCGAGAAUGCCAGCGAAACGGAAAAAAGGUUCUCAUUGCAAUUGGUGGUCCAAGAAAAGAGGGGAAUUUUGACAGUGUUGCUCAGGCGGAGAAAUUUGCUGAAAAUAUCUGGAACUUAUUCUUAGGUGGCCAAGAGAUGCCAGAUUUGAGACCUUUCUCCAGUGCUAUCUGUGACGGAGUGAACCUUUACAUUCCCGGUGGUUCAUAUAUAGGCUAUGCCGCCUUUGUGCGCCAUCUUUACUUCCUGGGUAAGCGUGACAGAACGAGGCGAUACAUAAUCACCGUUUCACCUUCUUGCAAUUUCCCGGAUGCUGUUCUUGGCCCUGCACCCAACAAAGCACUUGAUAUUGCUGUCAAGUACAUCAACCAAAUCUAUGUUCGUUUCUAUGGAUCAAAUUGUGGUGUAGCCUCGAACUCCCAAUUUGAAGAGUCGAUCGACUCAUGGCUAAGCUUUGCCCGAAGAAUGUUCCGAAGAGAUGGAACAUCUCCUCUUGUGUUUUUUGGUGUCCCUGCACUAGAGAGAGCCUCGCCAGUACAAGGAUGCUAUCAAACUACAAAAGAUCUACGUGAACUUUACCAGAGGUUUCGAGAGGAAAAUGUAUUUGGUGGUUUCAUGGUUUGGGAUUCUUCUUGGGACCAAACUAAUGUACAAUACGGAAAGACGUUUGCAGAAAGACUAUAUGCUACGAUUGAAAACGUUCCAGAGGAAGACACAGAGAACUAUGAUGAAGAUGAGGAAGAAGAGAGGCCAAUCGAGCCCCCAGCCACUGAAGCAACCACUCCAAUAACACUUGCGACAACACCAAUUCCUGAAUCAACUCUCGAGCCACUAGCACCUGAAACGGCUCCGACAUCAGAACCUGCACCACCGCCAACACCACCUCCAACGCCACCGCCGACGCCACCGCCAACGCCCACAGAAGGACAGGAAGAAUCGCCAGACGAAAAUCCAUAUGGUAAUGAAGAUGAGAUGGAAGAAGGCAAUCAGGAGCAACCACAGGAAGAAGAAGAAGAUCAGGAAGAACCGGAAGAUACCCCUGAGCAAGAAGCUGCAAAGGAGCCGGAAGAGGAGAACAAACCGGAAGAGGAACAGACUGAUGAUGAGGAGAAUAAAGAAAACGAGGAAGAAGUUGUUGAUGAUCCAUACUCACCCAAGCCGCCUGAUAUGGAAAACCGAUUUCCUCAAGGCAAUCCCCAAGUUGCCGAAGAUGGCAAAGCAUACCAGGAAGAAGAAAUCCCACUAGCACACGCGGCCAAGUUACUGGCUGACAAGGUUGAAAAAGAAAUACGACGGAAAGAGUGGCUCCGUAAACAGAAGCUGCAAUGGCACAAAACUCACCACCAGCAACUCAUUCAAGGCAAUGUGGCUAGUCCAGUAUCGACAUCACCGCAGACUCAACAAUCUGCCUAUUUACCACAACAGCAACAUGCAACAGGGUAUGGCACCCAGACAAGCAGUGCAGUGCAGCAGAAUAGUGUCCCUCAGCCAUUGCAGCAGCAACAGUUUCAGAAGCAGAGUGAUCUUCCGCAAAUGAAUGCUUGGCCAAACCAAGUUUCUAGCUAUCCAUCGCCCGUCGCACAGUACCAGCAGAACACUGCCGUGCAACAAAGUUCUGGGCACCAAACGCAGGCUCCUGCACCUCAAACGCAGGCUCCUGCACCUCAAACGCAGGCUCCUGCACCUCAAACGCAAGCACUUGCAUCACAAACGCAAGCUUUUGCACCACAAAUACAGGCUCUUGCACCACAAGCUCAGCAAGCAGCACCCUAUCAGCAACAGUCUCGAUUAGCGCAAAUUUCAACUAGAUAUCCGCCAAUGCCAAUGGGCUUUUUCGUCAAACAUAAAAAGCAGAAUAGAAUCGUCGGGUUAAGAAAGUCGGGCCGUCAUGAAGGGACGCAGACAGUUGAGAAUGUAAUCCGAAGUAUGGAGAUGGAACAUUAUCCAGAAAACGAAACUUCAGGUUCCGGAUCCGAUGAAGUUACGUCAGGUUCAGGGUCUGAAAAGACUAUAUCAGGGUCCGGAUCAGGAUCAGGAGAGAAACUACAGAAAUAGGAUAAUUCAAUAUUUCAUAAUUUUUGGAUACCGUAGAAGCAAAAUUGUAUGCAAGAAGUUUUGCCGGAUUGAAUGGCAAAAUCAACAGGUCAUUUUUGCCUGAACUGUUUAUUGUAUCGCUUUUUAGUGAGAUAGAAAAAGUUGAGACUGGAUUCUUGCUUCGCUUUUAAGCAAAAUUUUGCCUUCAUGGAUGUUCUUUAUCUAGAAUCGCUGCAGAAACAAGUUUUCAGGAAAGAGCAAGCAUUUGGUCACAGUGUAUACAUGUUUACGUGUUUGCAUACAUUAUGAAGAAAACUGAACAUGACCAGCCAACACCUUUUUCAAUUGUAAAGUCUGGGAAUCGAAUGAAGUAUUUUGGAAUUGACAUUUUUAGAGCUAUCAUUUCUUAUAUUUUUGAUAUGAGAAGUUGCACUUGGCUGGAAAAAUGUAGUUUGCAUGUUAUCUCGAAUCUCAAACGUUUAAUGAAUAUAUCAUCAGAAUCAGCUGCUGCAAGAACUGCGGCAAGUUGGAGUUGACUGACGUAGGAACUACAAAAGGGAGGAACAGAGACAUGGAAGCAAAAUUCCAAAUUAAUGAACGUCCUAAACAAUGUUAUGCUCCAGUAUACUGUAUGUAGCCUGUUUACUGCUGAGAAAACGUUCUUAGAAGCCAAAGUUUUGCAUCUGCUCGGAUGCUUCCCAGGAUGCAAUCAGGGCAUGGUAUACAUCCGUAGUACAAAGGGAAGCAAUGAAUUUCAGGGAAGAUUCAUUGCAGCCAAAGGAAGGUAUUGAAGCAAAUUGCAAUUCUACGAUUGGAGCUACAGGCAUAUUUCCAGCAACUUCUGAAAUUUGAUUUAUUAAAACCCUUGAUUUCUUCUGCCGUUGAACACCCUCCUCCCCUCCUCUCUCUCUUUCUCUCUUUUCGAUAUUUUGCUAGUGGCAAUUUUAGGCCAUUUUUUAUUGCAACAGUGUGAGAAAAGUCACUUUUUGUCUUCUUGUUUGCUAUAAUUCAUGUUCAUGUCUAAUGGCAUAGAAAAAGUUAAUGUUAAUCAAGGGAAUGAGAUUUUUUUCAAAAUCAAGCCAUUUCUCACGGUCUACAAUCACUUUAAUUUGUUGUUGUUUGACGUGAUUAAUAUAACGAAGCAAAUUCGGAGCGAACAUGAUUUUCCUAAAUUAACCGAAAAUGUCUUUCAAUGCGUAAGUAUCAUUUGAAAUGAGAGAGGAGAACUUUAUUAUGCAAAAGUUCAUUUGCCCAUGAUUGGAUAUUGAUCAAGAUUUGUUUAAUCUCUUCUGCAGUUUAUUCCAUCUUGCAGUGCAGACUGUACCUUUUCGAAGUUACGUAACUGGGUCCUCACCAUUUCCUUAUUCCUCAUGCAACCUACAAAUCAUCUACAAUAAUAUGCCCCGUGCAAAUAUUCUAAGAUGUUUGGCUUUAACAGUGUUAACUUCUGUGUCCAUUUGACAACCCAACUUCGGUCCCUAAUGACUUAGCAUAUUGUUUCCACAUUUCUCUGUGGUAUGAAAACUCGCAAAGAUUCAACUGUUUUCUCCAGAGCCGUUAAACUAAAUGGCUUGUCGAAGUUGCAAGGCCUUCAAAGCAAGGCCAAGGCUCUCAUGUUUCAGCGAAAAGGUGACUCAAAGCUUCAUCAAGGUACUCUAAUGCAUUUAUAUGCUGCUAAUUCUGGUUAUGUGUUUCAAGAAUAGAUAAGAAACACAGGAGUGUCGUUAAAUAUAGCUAAUUCCUUUUCCGUAAGUAUUAAAUAAAUAUAUCCAGAACAAUGCAAUGUUAAAUCGUCGCUCUUUUACCGUUAAGUUUUUGUACAGCAGUGAAUUAUCUUUUCUGAAAGACUACAAAACAUUUUGAUACUUCAAAGGAUAAUUUCUUCUCAUCGAGACAUUGGGAAUAUGAUAAAGCUACAGGCUUUCAUAAAUUUUGAUUUCUGAUGCAGAGUCUGAAUUUUUUCUUUAGUUGUUAGUCUAAAUGAUUCCAAAGAGACGGCUUAAUCCGUAUUCAAUAGCGAGACACUUGUCUGUUUACGAUAACUGAUUACGGAGGGUCAGGAAUCGGGGGCUGGAGGCUUGGAAUCGGGGGCUGGAGGCCGGAAGCUAGGGUCAGGGGCUAUUAUAAAACAAUAUAGCUUAUACAUAAUUU